GAAGAUUGUGAAAAGAGGGGCAAAGGGGCACAAAGGGAAGAAAAAACCCACCCCACCGCCGAACAAAACUGAAGAUCAAGACUGCUGUUAAACACACUGCCUGUGAGGGAGGUCUCACCGUGCCUUUUCUAAUCUAGAGCCAGCCAGGAUUGUAUUAACAGCUUCAACGCAAUGGAACAAAUUAAUCCCUGAUGUAAUUGAAAUCGGUGAGGUCGCACAAUAGAGGGAGCAGAGGUCUGACACUGCCCGAGGAGAUUCAAUCUGCCUUUCUGAAUGCACAGGUCAGCUCUCUGGAGGAAAGGAGGCUUCGCUUGCAGAACAGCUUUUGGAUCCAAAUGUUUGCUGCUGAGGAGAAUGUGGAUUUUCGGAUACACGUGGAGAAUCAGACGCGAGCGAGGGAUGAUGUGAGCAGGAAGCAGCUUCGGCUCUAUCAGCUUUACAGCAGGACAAGUGGGAAGCACAUCCAAGUGCUCGGCAGGAGGAUCAGUGCCAAAGGAGAAGAUGGAGAUAAAUAUGCCCAGCUUCUAGUGGAAACAGACACUUUUGGAAGUCAAGUCCGGAUCAAAGGGAAGGAGACAGAUUUCUACCUUUGCAUGAACAGGAAAGGCAAGCUAGUGGGGAAGCCUGAUGGCACCAGUAAGGAGUGUGUCUUCAUUGAAAAAGUCCUAGAAAACAACUACACGGCACUGAUGUCUGCAAAAUAUUCAGGCUGGUAUGUUGGAUUCACCAAAAAAGGGAGGCCACGGAAAGGGCCCAAGACCCGGGAAAACCAGCAAGAUGUACACUUUAUGAAGAGAUACCCAAAGGGGCAAAUGGAGAUACAGAAACCUUUCAAGUACACAACAGUCACCAAGAGGACUAAGAGAAUACGACCCACCAACCCCAGCUAAAAACGGACAAAAAUAGUGUCACAAUAAGAAACCACAAAAAGAAAAAAAAAACUGCACCAGAGGAAUAUUUUUACAUUAAAAAUAAGGAAGAAGCUCUAUUUUUGUACAUUGUGUUUAAAAAAAUAAAAAUAAAAAAAAUUAAUAAAAGACUAGAUGGCAAAUGCUGGGGAAAGCUGUUCGGGAUUUAUUGUGACUUGAAAAAUGAAAUUAACUGCUCUAUUUAAAUUGACUUCUUAUUGUUGAUGACACACAGGUGCUUCUUUUGCUUUUUUUGGAAAGGACAACUUCUCAAGCAUAUCCCCAGAGGGAAAAAAAAAAAAAAAAAGAAUUCUUAAAAAUAAAUAAAUAAAACCAAAGAAAACCAAAGUUCUUUCCCAAAGUUACUGAGACCCUGCCCCGCCAAGUGCCGGUUGGCAGUAAUCUAUUUAUUGCCUGCUACCCACCGGCCAGGACAGGCGGUGGGAGCUGCAGGGACGAGGCCCGUGGAGCUCUCGGCGCACCGAUCCUCUGUAACCCUCCUGACGACAUAGGGAGUCACGGCUCUGUGAUCCUGCAUCCCGCUCACUUCUGGAGAAUGCUGCUAACUACAUUCAAGUGACUACAAGAUGACCUACUACACCAAUGAUAAGGGAAUAUUUUAAAACCAGCUAUAUUAUAUAUAUUAUAUAUAUAUAAGCUAUUUAUUUCACCUCUCUGUAUAUUGCAGUUCCAUGAACCAAGUAUU